CCGGCCGCCCACCGCGCUUCUCUCGGCCCCUCGCCCGCCCCUGCGGCCCCUCCGCCCAAUGAAACUGGCCGCGAUGAUCAAGAAGAUGUGCCCGAGCGACUCGGAGCUGAGUAUCCCGGCCAAGAACUGCUACCGCAUGGUCAUCCUCGGCUCGUCCAAGGUGGGCAAGACGGCCAUCGUGUCGCGCUUCCUCACGGGCCGCUUCGAGGACGCCUACACGCCCACCAUCGAGGACUUCCACCGCAAGUUCUACUCCAUCCGCGGCGAGGUCUACCAGCUCGACAUUCUCGACACGUCCGGCAACCACCCGUUCCCCGCCAUGCGGCGCCUCUCCAUCCUCACCGAUCCUGGACACCAAGUCUUGCCUCAAGAACAAAACCAAGGAGAACGUGGACGUGCCGCUGGUCAUCUGCGGCAACAAGGGGGACCGGGACUUCUACCGCGAGGUGGAGCAGCGCGAGAUCGAGCAGCUGGUGGGCGACGACCCCCAGCGCUGCGCCUACUUCGAGAUCUCGGCCAAGAAGAACAGCAGCCUGGACCAGAUGUUCCGGGCGCUCUUCGCCAUGGCCAAGCUGCCCAGCGAGAUGAGCCCGGACCUGCACCGCAAGGUGUCCGUGCAGUACUGCGACGUGCUGCACAAGAAGGCGCUGCGGAACAAGAAGCUGCUGCGAGCCGGCAGCGGCGGCGGGGACCCCGGCGACGCCUUCGGCAUCGUGGCGCCCUUCGCGCGCCGGCCCAGCGUGCACAGCGACCUCAUGUACAUCCGCGAGAAGGCCAGCGGCGGCGGCCAGGCCAAGGACAAGGAGCGCUGCGUCAUCAGCUAGGAGCGCCCCCCCCCCCCCCCCCCACCCCCCCCCGCGCCGGCGACAGAACCUAAGGAGGACCUUUUUUUGAAAAGUCACGUCUGACGUCCGGGCCAGCCCCGGGCCGCGUGCGCGCGGACUGGCGUCUUCCUUCCCCGCGACCCGCGCGCACCGGGGAGGCGCAAACGACGAAGGGACGAUCAUCUGCUCUGGAAGGAAAGAGAACUGGCUGAGACCGGGACUCCCCCCCACCCCCUCCUCCCGUCCCCCACGGGCCCUGCCACCCCCACGGGUUGGGGGCACAGGCCCCGGCAGAGGGGGAAUUUGUCUUGUUUCUCACAAAGACAAGAAUGGGGGUGGGGGAUGGUAUAAGUUAAUCAGCCUCCGUUAGGCUUUGGGAAACCUGUCCUGCUCCCUGGAGGGUCAAGACGGGACAAAUGGGGCAUUAACUUGUCUGUGAUUCUGGGUUGCCAUGACAGCAAACGAAAGCCUCUGCCCUCCCGAGACUAAGGGGGUGUGGGUCAGAUCAUAGCCAAGUGACUUGUUUACAUGUGUGUGUGAAAUUGCACAAAGGAAAACAAAACACACAACUUGCACUUUAAUAGUAGUUCUGAGGUCAUCAUGGACAUGAACAAACUCUUACCCAGCUGUUCGUACUGUGUGUGUGAGACAGUCUUUAUAAAGUUACUGCUAUUGUUUUUUUAUAAUACAAAAUAAAAUAAUUUAAAACAGAAA